UUUCGGUUUUAUAACAAUGCAAAAGUAAAAAGCGAAAAAAUAAAAUCAAAAUAAGCAAAAGCAUAGCUGUAAUCCAAAGUACAAAAAACCUUAAAAGGACAAAACAAAAUUGUAGACUGAUGUCUUUUGGAAAUGUCGACAUACGUUAGUAAUGCUCCCCAAAAUGAACUACACACCUCCGAAUACAAUAAUGGACCGCCAGAACCGACCAUAUGUCUGGUGACCACAAGUGUAACGACACAAUCCACUGGACAACAUUCGGGACUUAGUUCCACACCCACAAAACGUAACAAACGUAAAAAUUUUAAACCACGAUGUUCAAAUGUUCCUGACGAUGAAGCCGAUGCCGAAGAAGAAAACGCUCAAAAUGAGGCGAAGCGACCGCGUAACGAUGCUAGUGAAUUCGAUAACGACAAUGAAUUUAACAGUGAUAGCGAAAACAGUGAAACAGACGUCCAAAACACGACAUCGAAUAACAAUCAUUUAAAAUGUGUUCGGCGUCGAAAAACCACACAUAUAACGCGUCGCGUGUUUUCCAAUUAUUACGAUAAAAAUUCAUCAGCGUUAAAUUUAUCAUCGAAAAGUGAUAACGACGAUUGUUCUGAUAACGAUGAAUUAUCAACGGAUAAAUCCUCACGUUCUCAAUUCACUAGUAUCGAUCAUCUAUCCAAAUCGGCAUCCGCAACUCAGCGUCCACAUUCAAUAUGGCCACUAGUUGAACAUUCCAGAAUGUAUGACGAGUCUCAUGACAACGCCACGCCACAUUUACAAAUUCGACCACCACCGCCAAAUUCUAAUAAUGCUACCGAAUUUCGUGAUUUUGCUGUGAAAACUGUUCGAGAAUUGCUUGGAAUUUAUGAUCUCACUUCGGAAGCGGAAUGGAUUUCCAAGCAAUUACCAAUUGGUGUUUUUCAAGGAAAUGUAUUGGAAACAGCAAAUUUAACGAAUCGAGCAACACUUCCUUACCCUCUAGGUGGAGCAUCGUUACACCAUCCGCGUGUAGUGCGUACAAACAGUCCUCUAUCACAACCCCCUACCCCACCACGUACCCCUUACAGUCCUGAUAACAAAUCAAUAUGUUUAGAUCAUAACACAGAACAAUCUGACAUUGCUCAAUUGAGAUUAAGUUCAACAUCUCCGGCACGUGAUUCAAGCACUUCAAUCACAAGCGAUUACCCAAAUCACACGUCGACAUCGAACAACAACGUAUUAAGUGGCAGUGGCUCUGUGAUUACGUCCGCUACACAAAAACCGCAAAAACCGUCAUUUCAAAGUGAAUUUGAGAAAGUUUAUACACAAAAGUUAAAUAGUCAAGUGCGUAAUUGUACAUCACCUGCGUCAAACGCAUCGUCUGUGUCAGCGUCAGCGUCAGCAUCAGCAUCCGCAUCGCUUGUACAAAACACACCACAAAAUUUAAUAGUGACUAAACAAACAAUUCAAAACCAAAAUCAACAAUCAAAAACAUUUUUAAACAAUAACAAUACGAUUAAUCAUUCGCAACAAUCGUCUUCGAAUAAUGUGUCCUUAAUACAAUGUUACAGUGCCGAAAAUUCUAAUUCUAAUUUGGAAAUGGAACAAAUACGACAAAAAUUAGCUGAUUUAAAAACGCCACGGGGAAUUUAUCCAUCUUCAACUAAUUCUACGGAAAUUCUUAUUGCCACAAAUCCAUCACAAUCGAAUUCACCGAUCCAGGAUAACAAAUAUGUACAACAAAGCAAUUCCCAAAAUAAUCGUGACUCAUUCUCGAAUCAUGGUUCACCAUCGAAUAUGUCAACGGGUGGUCAAAAAUCAUCGUCUUCACAAAAUCUACAAAAUUUAGAUUAUUCCCGUUACGUUAAAAAAUAUGGGACCAGCAUGGAAUGUGGUAAUAUUUAUUGUAAGGAAUUAAAUUUACGGGAACAUUUUCACUGUUUGGAUUGUGUGGAAAGUGAUCACAUGAAUUCUGGCAGUAAAGUAUUCGCAAAAAAGGAAGAAAUGAUUCGACAUUGGAAAUGGCAUAAAAAACGUGAGGAAUCCUUACAACAUGGUUUUAUGAGAUAUUCACCGCUAGACGAUUGCAGUGUAAGUUACGCAAGUUGCCAACAUAAUCGUCGCCAAACACACUACCACUGUAUUCACAACAAGUGCGAUAAAGUUUACAUAUCAACCAGUGACGUACAAAUGCAUGCAAAUUAUCAUCGUAAAGAUUCCGCGAUUAUCCAAGAAGGUUUUCAACGAUUUCGCGCCACCGAGGAUUGUGAUGCCCCGUUUUGUGUAUUUUUUGGACAACGUACAACUCAUUUCCAUUGUCGACGAGAUGGAUGUCGAUAUACGUUCAAAAAUAAAGCGGAUAUGGAAAAACACAAAUCGUAUCACAUCAAAGAUGAACAAUUGAGUCGUGAUGGUUUCAAAAAAUUUAUGAAAGCUGAAGCAUGUCCCUUCGAACAUUGCCGUUUCAGCAAAGUCUGCAAUCAUAUCCAUUGCAUACGAGCACAAUGCACGUACGUGUUACACAGUUCUGGUCAAUUGUACAGCCAUAAACGUAAACAUGAACGUAAAGAUAGCGAAUUAGCAUAUCGUAAAUUUAAAUUAGCACAAAGCAUGUUAAAAAACUUUACGGGCUUACAAGCGGCUAAUUUAACUGAAAAUUUACCACAACAAAUUCAAGAUAUACUCAAGAAUUACGCUCAAUCAAACACCCAAGAUAUUUUACCCUCAAAUAUUCACGACAUCAUCAGCUACUAUCAAAAUAAUGGCGACUGUCCAAUGCCUACCCAUAUUCAAGAAUUGAUCAAGGCACAUCAAAACUAUGAAGCAGCUGCCCAGAAUUUAUCUCGAACCGAUCCAGAAUUAUUUCGAUCGUAUGAGCAAUCCUUAGACACAUCGAAUGCAGCAUCUCCAUCCAAUAAUUUGGAUACGUUACAAUCGUAUGCAAAUAGUGUGGAAAUUUUAGGUCAAUAUAUUCAAGAGUUAAUGAAAUCCUACGGGAAUAAUUUUGAUAGUAUGCCGACGCAUGUCCAGGAACUGAUCAAAAAAUACCAAAGUAUGUUACAAAUGAGCUCAAAUGAUGGCACUGGAUCUGCGCAGGAGCAAUUUAAUAAUUAUGCAGAAACUCAACAAAUGUUUGAAAUGAUUUCAAAUCGUUCCGAUUCAACUCCCUUGAAUUUAUCCGAACAAAACACACCGUUAACUUUUAACGAUACCAUUAAAAUUUAUCAAGAUAAUCUAAUCAUGAAACAAGAACGUCGUAAUCGAGCAAGUGCCGAUUCACCAAUUCCAGCAUGCUCGCAAAGUCCAACUCCAAAAAACAAGGACUCUGAUGUGAGACAGUUAAAAUUAACGGAAGAUCAAAUUGAACAAAUCGAGCACUUAAAACGUUUGGGUAUCAAUUUAACGAUUGAUCAAAUUAACGGUCAUUUAGAUAAACAGAAGAAAUCGCUUUUGCCAAACACAAAUUUAACGGUCAGUGAAGCGAAAAUGGAAAAUGAUGAUAAGGAAACAAUGUCGAUGUCAUACAACAACGAUUUCUCUGACGACGAAUCAAAUCAUUCAACGGAUAGUAACUCGUUGGCGAUUGAUUUAUCUGGUGCACAUUCGAAUGGUCCAAAUAUGGAAACGGCACCAAAUGAUGAAAUGUUUGUGGAUGACGAUCCAAAAAUGGAUGCAGACAUUGAUUUAACAAAGAAAAUUAAUGAAAAUGCUGUUGAUUGGAACAAUGAAGAUUUUUGGUUGAAGUAUGGAAAAUUUGUAACUAGUCGUGAUGUGAAUUGUCCCCGAGAUAAUAACAUGAAAUGCGAAUUAUCUGGAAAAGAUCAUUAUCAUUGUUUAGUGGAAAAUUGUGGAAUGAUUUUUAAUUGCAAAGACGGUGUACGAGAACAUGCCAGAAAUCAUGAACAGGAAAACCAAGUGUCCGAACAUUAUUACACAUGUAUCAAGGAAAAUGAAAGCUGUCCAAUCGAAAAUUGCGCAUACGAUACCAAAGAACGACAUUACCAUUGUAAUUGGGAUAAUUGUCGUGAAGUGAUUCUUUUGUCAGAUAAAAUAUUUCGACGAUUGGAACACUUUAAAAUGCACGAAUAUUCGAGGAAGUUAUCAUUAACGAAAGACCCAUUAACAAUGACACAUUUGGCUACGUCAAUUGAAGGAAUGUUUCGUCGUAAACGUGGCCGACCUCCAAAGAAUCGGGUUAUCGAAGUUUGGAAUGAUUAUACACCAGUUGGAAGUUCCAGUUUUAUGGAUAGUCCACAAGCAAUUUUCACAAGUUUUAAAUUACCAAAACCAUCGACAAGUGUGAUUACAAAUACGAACACGAGCCAAACAGCUGCAACAAAAUUGGAUCCACAGGAUCGAAUGGAUCAAGUAACAUCACCAGAACGUUCGGCAUCCAGCAGUCCUGUUUCAAUCACAGCCCAAGAUAUUAUUCCAAACGAUUAUCGAUUUCAAGGAUUUGACGUGUACGAUGAAAAUGAUGCAUGUUCCGAUCAAUACUGUAUGUUUGCUUCGGAGAAAAUUCAUUUUCAUUGCAACAAACCACGUUGCUAUUAUUCGACAAAUACUCCUGAUUUGUUGUUGAUGCAUUCAAAGGAUUUCCACGAUAAUAUUGAAAUUUUGGAAGGUUUUGUGUUCUUUGAUCGUAAUGUGGAUUGUCGUUUACCAGAAUGUUUGAGUAACAAAGUAAAUCGUCAUUUUCACUGCGUGAGACCUGGCUGUAAAUACACGUUUGUGCGUUACUCAGCGAUGAGCGCUCAUUACGAAAAACAUAUUCAUCCUGAAUCUCAAUCAACUACGAUCCAGAAUCAAAAUCCUCAAAUUGUGAGCGUAUCAAACGAAGUACAAACUCUAUCAACAACUGCAUCUGAACUUUUAACAACAACGCAAAAAGCUCAAAUCAAUUCUAGCAGUGGCGUUGGCGUUGGUGGAAGCGCUAGCGCUAGUCUAGCCUAUACAAUCAACGUGAAAAAAGAAUUCCAGAAUGAAGAUAUUAGUUGUCAUUCCAGAGAAUCGCACAGUCCAAAAGGUGUUUCUGUGGUGAAGGCUUCCGGUACUUUUUACCCGUUGUCUGCUCUACCUUCCAGUAAAACUACGACUACGCAUGAGUCAAACACUGUUACUGUCACUAGUAAAAGACUUCAAUUUCCAGAAAAUACGACAGAUAAUUUACCAUCUGCACCCAUAACACCCACAACUGCAGUAACAAAUGAUUCUCAACAUAUUUUAUACGGACCAGAUUUAUCAUGCAGUCGACCAUUUUGUAAAUUAAAACGAAAACACCAUUACCAUUGUAACGUUUGUAAUCAGGCAUUCUCUGAAUUAGACCGACUGGUAACUCACAUAUCGAAACAUAGCAGUGGAGUUUUAAACGCCCAAAUAAACCCACAAUUAGAAAACAACAACAUCCCAACAACUCCAACAAGUUCAAUCGGAACGGUUGAACGUAAGAGUCCAAUUAUAACUGUAACACCAAUUCAAAACUUACAAAAUCCAAAUUUUGUAUCGCCAUUUACGUCAACGGGAGGUUCAUCCAGUGGUGUAAUAACAUCCACCUCAAAUGCAACCCCAUCUAACGACUUGAGUCAACAAAUAAAAACGAGCACACAUGGAGGUAGUUCCCCAGGUGCUCCAAUACCCAGUCCAACAUCGAGUAGUUACGCUGAUUAUGUAGCAGCUCAUCAUGCAACACUCACCGCUCAAUUGAUUUCUCAACAAUCGGGGAUUCCCCUACAAUAUUUGUAUCAUAAUCCAUCGUUGAUUUAUCAAAUUCAUCAACAUGGACUACAAAUUAUGCAACAACAAUCAGCGAUGACAUCACCAACCGUCGUUGCUCCACAUCAAGGUUUAAACAUAUCAAGUGCAAGCGCAUAUCAAAGUGCUGGAGAACUAAGUGGACCAAAUGCAUCUUCACCAACAUCAACAACUGGCAGCUUAACACCAUUAGCAUUAAUGGCUGCAAAUUUAACAAAACGUGCAAUAACGGAUUCAUCCGAUAACUUAUCAACGGAUUCAUCCGAACAAAAGAAAGCUCGAAUACAAAAUUCAAUGCGUAUUCUAAAAGAUGAGCCCGUACCUGAAGGAUAUUUACGAUUUAGAUUUAAUGAAGAUUGUCAAUAUCCUCAUUGUGGAUAUCGAGAACAUCAAACACACUUCCAUUGUCAACGACAAGAUUGUGGCUACAGUUUCUGUGAUAAAACACGAUUUGUUCAACAUACAGCACGCCAUGAACGUUUGGACACACUCAUGGGGGGUGACUUUCAACAAUAUCGAGCUAACUUCCAAUGUCGACGUCCAGAUUGUGCCUACACCAACACAUUAGGGCAUACUCAAAAUAAAGCAAGUCAUUUUCAUUGCCUAAAAUGUGAUUAUGUAUGCACGGACACAAAUAAAGUGGUCGCACAUCGACGACAUCAUCAAAAAUUGGACACAAUCCAAGCAGCUGGUUUUGAAAAGUUCACACCGUCUCAGCAAUGUUCGGGUGCGUCCUCUGGCUGUCAACACAGUGGCCGUCAAACGCAUUACCAUUGUUUAAGUUGUCAAUAUGCAGUAUUAGGUCUAGCGCAAAUGUCCGCUCACAAAUAUCGACAUUUAGAGGGUUGAGAGGGCCCCCUAGCCAUAGCCGUAGAAUACUACUCAAAACCGUGUAGCAUUCCACAACAUAUAGCUCUAGAUCUGAACUUGCUUCUGUGGAUAUGGACAAUUUUCUUCGAAAAUAUGUUAAAGGUGGCCUAAUAAGUAUUUUUUUUAACUUGGGCGACCUAAAAACACAGAAUCGUAUCCAGAUUCUGAUUGAAAUGACUCAAAAAUUUUAUUUAGAAAAAAAAAACGAAUUAUUUUACUUUUAAUUUACAAUAGCAAUUUAAAUUUAGGGACUAAAUGAGACACAUUUUUAUCUUAAAAUCUCAAACAGUAUUCUGAGCUAGUCAUCAAUUAUUGAGCGCUUUUUUUUUUGAGAAUUUUUGAGUCAUAAUAUGUACGUACUACAAAACAUUUACAGGUAAAAUCGAUUAUAACCACAUUUAAGGAACCUACAGGUACAAUUAUGGUCCUUAUAUCCGAUAUUACAUUUUGAGCUAUGUAAAAUAAUAAUCUUCCAGAGAGAAAUGUCACUAGGAGCAAAUUUGAUAACAUUUAAUAACACCAAAAAUCAUUUUAGAGACCAAAGAUUGGGCUCUAUUGGAUUGAAUUGAAAUUCAAUCGGAAUGAAUUGGAAAUUUGAAUCGGAAUUCAAUCGAACUUUUUUAUCAAGGACUUGACUUAAUACACUCGUCAAAAGACAAACUGAAAUAUCAAAAAAUCGACUUGGAGUUCAAACGGCUGGACGGAAUGGGAUCAUUUUUAGUGUUCUAGUCACCAAAUUAGCUUCUAGUGAAAUUUCAUUCUGAAAUCGAAUUUUAACGACCACGAUUUUACGGUACGGUGUUUUCAAUGUCGUUAUAAACAAUUUUAACUGCAUUUGAAACAGAGAGAUAGAGAGAGAGAAAUCUUUUUAUAAAAACAAUUUUUAAAAAUACUUUGUGUACCCCUCCCUUUUAAAAUUGCAUGAUUCCAU